AUGGCUGAAGUUCCUACCAUUGAGAUUCCGGAGACCCAGGUUGCUGAGGACUCUCAAGGAGACCAGGGACAAGAUGCCAACACGCAGAUGUACACUGACUCCAUGAUGAAUAACAAUGGCACUGAGCAGAAAGAUGACCAACACUGGCAGGAUGCCCAGAGUCAAGAGACUUUCAAUGGAAAUAUCCAGCCAGGACAAGGUGAAGUUUCUCAGGAGGAGCCUCAAGAAGGGCCUACUCAAGUAGUGCCAACUGAGGAUCAGGAUCCAGAAGUUUCACAGCUUGUGCGCCAAGGAGCUUUCUUGGAGGAGGAGGACAAUGUCAUGAUCACUUGCAAAAAGUGCGGUUGCAACUGCGAUCCCUCCGAGUGCAUCAUCAGAAAUCCAUCCGAGAGCUGGUGUAAACAAUGCAAUAGCUUGUACACCAUGCUUCAGCGCCACAUGGCGUGGCCGCCCAAGGAGUUCCAAGCUCUGUCGGGAGAACAACAAAUGAAUUUCUUUCUCAAAUGUGCUCAAGAGAAAGCUGCUUCUGGCAAAAGCCAGUUCUCCUACUCUCGAGUCCGUGAGAACCUUACCAAGGUCUUGGUUGACGAAGAGGUUAGGGCCACGAAACUGGAGGUCGGCGGCACCUACUGGCCGAAGUCAGUCUACGAAGCCAAGGGAUAUGAGCUGGAUAGCGACUUUGAAUCCCGAGUUCCCCGGCAGUGGAGCUACUCGCUCAAUUGUUGGACCUAUCUUCUGUGUGAAACAACCAUUCAUGAAACGCAUCUGAAGCAAACGGUAGAACGUUCAGUGCUGCAGGCUGAGCAGGCCGUGAAAAAGAGGCGCCGCCCAGAAGCCUUGGCACCUGCAGAGGCCGAAGCUUUGGAACAGAAGUCGACGGUGUCGGAUGCCACCAUGGUCUUGGAUUUGCUCAGUGAGAGUGGCUCUGAAGAUGGAGCAGGUGGCAAGAACUCCAAGGACAAUGUCUCAAAGCGCCGCAAAGGUGCCGACGCCAAGGAGGAUGCGACCAAGGGAUUGACUGGGAAGAAGCUGGAGCAAGCCUUGAAGAAAGAAGCUGCUAAGGCAGCCAGGGAUGAGGCAGCCGCCACAAGGAAAGCAGAGGCUGAGCGCAAGAAGGUGGCGAAGCAAACUACAAAGAAGACUUUGCAGCUUUCCACGAGGUUCUGCCAGCCUUUGACCAACGCGUUCACGACAGCCUAUGAUGUGUUCAAUAAGGCUCGAUGA